GGAGGGCGCCCUGAAGCCGCCCCCGGGGCUGUGGGGCGUCUCUGGUCCCGAGGCAGGCAGCAGGCGAGCUCCGGCGUAGGCGGGAGAGCCUCGCUUCCCGGGCCCCGCGCCACCGCCCCAAGGCGAGGCGGCGUCCGCGGGCGUCGCUUUCCCCAAGCCGGGCCGGGCUGGGCGGGCCGGGUGGCGCUCGGGGGGCCGGGCUCCGAGUCCCGGCUUUCCCUCCUCCCUGCGUCCUCCUCCUGGGGCCGUCCCGGGGCCGCCGGGCCAAUGGGCGCCGAGCGGAGUGGAGCGGGAAGCGGAGCACAUUCGGCCCGGCCCUCCCCCGGCGCCCACGCCGAGUUUGCGCCCCGGAGCCUCGCCGGUUCGCGUCCCCAGAGAGCGAGGCGGCCGCGCGCCCCUCGGUGCAGACCCCUCACCAACGCCCAGACGGAAGGGCGCAGGCUGGGGCCGGGCAGCGGCCUCCCGAAGAUGCAGGAUGGCCGCAGAGCCGCCGCCGUCCAGCUUCUCCUACCGCACCACGGGCUCCACCUGCUUGCACCCGCUCAGCCAGCUCCUGGGCAUCCCGCUGGACCAGAGGAGCCUGACUUACCCACUCUAUAAUGGGUGCUGUUGAGAAACCACCUGCAAACCCCUGGGAGCCGGAGAGUGGGAAGGAGCACAAAGCAGAGAGUGCUGUUGUCUAAGUACAGGAUCCUGGAGAGAGAAGUUCCCAAAGACCUGGGCUAGACACGCCACCAGUCGGGUGAAUUUUGUGGCCUGCCAGCUCUUUGCCUUGUGUGCUGCCUUCUGGUUUCGCAUCUACCUAACUCCCUGUAAAACCAGUUCCAAGGUCCGCCAUGCCUUUGCCACCCUUUUGGGCAUCUAUUUCUCCAUCUUCUGUUUUGGCUGGUACUCUAUACAUCUUUUUGUGCUGGUGUUAAUGUGUUAUGGAAUCAUGGUUACUGCAAGCAUAUCUAAUGUUCACAGAUUCUCCUUCUUUGUAGCCAUGGGGUAUCUUACCAUAUGCCACAUCAGCCGAAUAUACAUCUUCCACUAUGGAAUUCUCACUACUGAUUUUUCUGGGCCCCUGAUGAUUGUUACUCAGAAGAUUACAACCUUGGCCUUCCAAGUUCAUGACGGAUCAGCUGGAAGAGCCGAAGACCUUUCUGCUGAGCAGCGGCGGCUCGCUGUAAAAGUGAAACCCACAUUUUUGGAAUACUUAAGCUACCUUCUCAAUUUCAUGAGUGUCAUAGCGGGCCCCUGUAACAAUUUCAAUGACUACGUGGCCUUCAUUGAGGGGAGACACGUGCGCAUGAAGUUGCUGGAAGUCAACUGGAAGCAAAACACUUCCUGCAGCUUCCCAGAACCUUCUCCCACUGGAGCUGUGAUACGCAAGUUAUGCAUCACCUUGGUGUCUCUCCUUUUGUUUUUGACGCUCACGAAGACCUUCCCUGUCACCUGCCUUAUUGAUGACUGGUUUGUCCAUGAAGCAAACUUUUUGACUCGACUCUUCUACUUAUAUGUUGUCACACAAGCCUCAAAGCCCAAAUAUUACUUUGCGUGGACGUUGGCUGAUGCAGUCAAUAAUGCAGCUGGCUUUGGGUUCAGCGGAGUGGAUAAGAAUGGAAAUUUCUGUUGGGAUCUGCUUUCUAACCUAAACAUCCGGAAAAUAGAGACUGCCACAAGUUUCAAGAUGUACUUAGCAAACUGGAAUAUUCAGACAGCUGCUUGGCUAAAAUGUGUGUGCUAUGAGCGGGUUCCGUGGUACCCCACGGUGCUAACCUUCAUCCUGUCUGCUUUGUGGCAUGGGGUCUACCCUGGAUACUAUUUUACCUUCUUAACUGGAGUCCUUGUCACAUUAGCAGCUAGAGCGGUGAGGAACAAUUGUAGACAUUACUUCUUGUCUUCCCGAGCUGCCAAGGGCAUUUACGAUGUGGUCACCUGGGCUGUCACUCAGCUAGCCGUCUCUUACACCGUUGCGCCCUUCAUCUUGUUGGCAGUUGAGCCAACCAUCAGUUUAUACAGGUCCAUGUAUUUUUAUUUACACAUCAUAAGUCUCCUGAUAAUACUAUUUCUUCCAGCCAAGCCGCAAGCUCACAUUCAGAGGCAACCUCAGACUCUGAAUUCUCGUAAUAAAGAAAAAACAUACUGAUACCUCCAAGAAAAUCUGAACAAGUGCAACUGCAACACGUGUGAAAGAUGAGAUGGGGCGGCUCAAGGAUGCUGCAGCCAUUCAGAGGCGAUGUUUACAUGCGUCUUUUUUUUUAUUUUGAAGUGCAGGGAGUGCGUUUAAAUAGCCUUUUUGUACAAUUAAAUGGGCCUUGUCCAGUUUAUUGGUAUGCAUAUACUACAGGACGUUUGAGUGAUUUGGAGGUGUGAGAGCAUGUACCAGAGCUUCAGAGACUGUGCACUCUGAGAUGCAGGGCUAAGUGGUACUGGUCGCUGAAAUCCGAAACCGUAUGUUUCCAGCCCCUGAACGCUGCAUGCUGGGCGCACAGGCGUUGGUGCCAGAAGUGACAAGAUGAUUGCAAAGAAGACUUGGUGUAGGCGUCUUCAAUCAGAGCAUCUUCAUAAGCAGACGCCCUGGACUUGUAUCAUCACUGGUUUGCAGACACAGUACUGUGCCCAGAAUGCCAUGGAGAAAGGCGAUUGUGCUGGGAGGUUUCCCCAGUGUUGAGAACUCUAGGAGCCGAGAGCAUGAGGCCUACAUGCUCGAAUGGAGUGAAAGUCCGACCUGCCCUCAAAUAGGCUGUGUGCUUUGUGUUUUGUUCCAGGAAUGUGACCCUUCAGCCCGGACCCCCCACCCCCUGUUUUUUGUUCUGAACUGAGCCGUGGUUGGAAAUCAGGAAGUUCCCCUUACAUGCAUACCAGGAGCCUUGGAAGGCUGCUGUUUGCUGAAUGUUUUCCAUUUCACAAGUGCCCUCUGCUUGCCCAGGGAUGACCCAGAGAAGACACCCAGCACAGUACCUUUGGAAGAAAUAUUUUUUUUAAAAAAAGUGACUUAAGGUGAAAUAGAAGCUGUUAAGAAGAAGCAGAUGUCUCCCUCUUCUCUCCCCCCACCAUGUGGAGGUGGUGAGGAUUAUGGCCAUGACGUCCAUAUGGACUGAUUUUCAUUUUUCCUGCUUCACCACUGAUGAAGUCCAGCUUUGUUUCAGUGGGAUCAUCAUAUUGGAAAACAGAAAUUGAAAGACAGGUAUCUGUCUUUGUUCUGAACAGGCUUUGGCUCCUUUGGAGGACUUCAGUUGGGCAAUAUUCUACAUGGGAGAAGGAACCAUAGUAAUAAAUGUUGUGGAAAAUAAUAAUGAUAAUAAUAAAAUAUGCUGCAUUGAUGUGCCCUCAAUCAGAUGGCUUGGGAGGAGAAAAUUUAUGUGAGUCAGAUGGUGAAUAGUUUCUUACUGAAUAAAUAGUAUGUUUCUACAAAAAGGAAAUGUUUCUGAAUAGAAGAAUUGCUUUUUGUGUCAAUAGAGAAGUGUGUGUGUGUGUGCGUGUGUGUGUGUGUGUGUGUGUGUAUGAAUGAAAGGUGCAGAAAACUACGUUUUUAUUUGCCUAAAAUACAAGCAUUAUGGCAUGCUCAGUGUUCACUGUGUAUGUCAGACACUUGCCUGGUUUUGUUCUUGGUGAGAUUUCUGACUGUCCCCUCCCACUCUGCACGUGGGGUUUGCCUCCCUUCUACAGGGGGAGGACUGGGAGCCAGGGAGGCACUUGCUGACUGCCUUGAGGUCCUGGAGUUAGUGGUGGAGCUGAGCUUUCAACUCAGGGGGUUCCCCUGGAAAACCAAAAGCUCUGAGUCUUUCCGUGCUGUCCUGCUGGCGCGUCUCUUACGAACACCAGGUGCGGGUGUGCUGUGCUUGCCCUGAAGUGUGUCCCCCCAGUGCUGGUGCUGGAAGAAGUGCAGCUGCCUUCAUAUUCAUGGAGGACUGGAUUCAGGACCCCCUCAGAUACCAACAUCUGCAGUGCUCAAGCCCCUUAUAUAAAAUAACUUUAAAAAGCAAUUUCUUGAGAGAGAGAGAGGGAGAGCGCGCAAGCGAGAAUGCAACAGUGCUUUUAUCUGCUGGAUUACUAUGCACAUGUCUACAAUAACCCCUGGCUUUGGGCUGGACCAGGACAUUGGACCCCAAUUCAGUUCUCCUUUGUGGGCGGCAAGGACCUGCUCCCCACCAGGACGUGUAUUAACAGGAAGCCAGAGCCAGGAAUCAAACCCAACCACUCGGAUGUGGGAUGUGGGUGGCCAAAGCAGAGUCUUAACUACAAGGCCAAAUGCCCACCCAAAUUGGGUCGCUUAUAUUCACAUGUACAUGUCCUCCCCUGUACUUUAAAUUUUUGUUGUUUAUUAUUUUUAAUUUAUUGAGCUCCCAUCCACUGGUUCAUGCUUGAAAUGGCCACACUGCCAGGACUGGUCCGGGAAUACAAGCUAGGUCUUGUACAUGGCGGCAGGAACCCAACCACUUGAGCCAUCACAGCUACCUCCCAGGUCUGCAUUAGCAGGAAGCUGGAGUCUGGAGCUGGGACUGGAAUUUCGAUUUAGGCACUCUGAUAUGGACAUAGACAUCUUAACCACGAGGCCAAAUGUCCACUCCUUCCCUUAGCAUUUUGAAUCAUUUUUAGAUUAUGUAAAAUCCAUAAUACAAUGUAAAUGCUAUAUAAAAAAGUUAAAAUGAGAAGAAAAAGUACAUGUGCAGUACAUGCCAUUUUUUUUCUGAUAUUUUCAGCCACUAGAAACAGAAUCUGUGGGAUUAGAACCUGUAGGUAGCUGACUAUUGUGGAACCUGAACUUUAGUUGGGAUGAUGGAAGCUAAGAAGGAGUGCCAGUGGGCCAGGGUAUGAAGCUCAGACCCAUUAACCAGGAGAUCUUAGCUCAGCCCUCCUUCAGUGUCUGAGCAGGAACCUUGGAUAGUGGGGAGAGGGACAAGAUGUAGGUGCCUAAAAUAUGUGAGGCUCUGUCUCCAACUACAGUACUUUGAGGUGCAGGACCAAGAACAGUGCACAUGUUGCACACUAGAGAACAUGGAAAAUAUCACUACAUGUGGAAUAAUCCAUAUUUCAUACAUUACAUGUGGAAUAAUCCAUAUUACAAUGAAGCCUUUGAACUUGCAGUGUAUAUGUUGACUAGGCUUCACUGUAUUUGAGAGAACUUGGGUGAUGAGAGGAGAGGUGAUUGUCAGGGUGACCACCUGUUCUGGUUCAUCAGAGACUGACUCCAACUUGAAUCCUUGGAAAACUAGGACUCGUGGUCCCUGGUGAGUGCCCAGCACUGUGACUUGUUACAGAAUGAGGAGACAUCAGACCUAAAGGAGCAGGCCUGUGCAUGGUGUCUGUUGGCUUUGGUGUUUUGUUAUUGUGAGACUUUAUUCAGUUCUGCAAGGCAACACACAGAUGAGGGAUUCACACUUGUUUUCCCCCGAGAACCAUUUAUUCAUAGAAAAAAGUCACACUUUAGGACCAAAGUUGAGACAGAAGGUUAAGGCUACUGUUUAUUGCCUGAGAUUUGCAAGGUUUCCGAAAUAUAAUAUGCAUGUAAUAAAUAUGUAUUAUAUCGGUGAGCUUUUAGUUGAGAAGUAAUACAUUUUCUGGUUUUUAAAAAAGCCAGAUCAGGAGCUGGCAUUCUAGCAUGGUGGGUAAAGCUGCCAUCUGCGAUGUUGGCAUCCCAUGUGGGCUCCAGGUGCUCCACUUCUGAUCCAGCUCCCUGCUAGUGGCCUGGGGAAGCAGUAGAGUAUGGUCCAUGUGCUUGGGCCCCUGCCACCCAUGUGGGACUCCUGGAGGGAGCUCCUGGCUCCUGGCUUUGGCUUGGCCCAGCCUUGGCUGUUGGAGCCAUCGGGGGAGUGAACCAGCAGAUGGGAAACCUCUCUCUCCUACUCUCUCGGUGGCUCUGACAUUCAAGUAAAUGAACAAAUCUUUAAAAAAGAAAAAAAGCCAAAUUUAAAAUACUCUAUUAUUACUAUUUUACAUUUUAAGAUAUCCAUAAGGAUCAAGAAUACUAUUCAGUAGUUGCAAAAAAGCCAUAAAUAAUUCUGAGGUUUUGCAUGAGAGAAAAGAAGACAGGAGGAGGGAACGGGGAGAGACACACUGAUAUUAGCAAGUGGUUCCCCAAAACCGAGGAAUGUGCCCUUUGCUACUCUGCAAGCUCUGGGCAUUGAGCACGUGUCCUCCUGAUGGACCUCCGCUCUGCAACACAUCAGAACCACAAAGAAACUUUAAGAAAACUGAUGGAUGCCUUGCCUCGCCAGGGACCACAUCUUUUUUCUCUAACAUUUGGCAUGGUGCCUGGCAUGUAAUGAAGAUCCAGUGUUUGUUGAAUGAAUGCGGGAUUGAAUGAGCUAGUUUAAUGCUUUGCUCUUGACAGUUUUAACUGAGUGACUUUUGCACUGGGAAGCGUCAUUUCUGCCUCCUGGAAUUAGUUUUUGAAAUACUUGUGUUUUCAGUGAAUUGUGGAAGCACGUUAUGUGAGGUUGUCAUGCAAGCAGCCAGUUUACAUGGUCGGCAUCACAUGGCCCAUCCUUGCAUUCAGUAACGUAGUCCCUUCUUUAUCCAGUGUGUCCUGUCUGCUGUGGGCCUGACACUCUGUUAGCAGGUAAAAGAUGCUGAAAACCUCUUCUGUGUUCUCAAAAAGCUCACCAUGUGCCCGGAAAGAUGUGACCUCAGCACCGUGUCCUAUGGCCUUGGAAACUAGGAAAGGCCUUUAUACUUGUUUCCUUGCAAGUUUGGAGCUACCUUUUACAGUGCCUGAAGGUUGGUUACCCAGGACAGUGUCACUGGGCUGUGGCCUCAGGUGCAGGCGGGGUUAAGCUUGCCCUUGCAAUUGGAUGUUGUCCUUGAACCUGCCAGGGUAGUCUGUGCAGCUGCCACCCAGGAAAGGCUGUGCUUCCCCAGUGCCCACAGAGGUCCUGAGCUGGCUUGUCCCCUUUCAGAGAGAUAUUUGAAGUUUCAAGGCUUUGGAAAAGGACUUUACGAGGCCCAUGAGCAGAGUGGCUCUUAUUUCACAUCACCUCCUGCAGAUCUGUCAAGUUGGCCAUAUUAUUCACAUUUCCCAAAUGUGGAAAUCAAGGCUCAGAGACUGUAUGUAACAAAAGUCAAGAGACAAACUUGCAAGAAGUUUAGUAAUAGAUCUAACUGGAGUGGCCUGUGUUCUGCAGAAGAGAAUGAGAGCUCCCAUUGGCAGAACAGUGCAUUUUGUAAGGCGAGAACAAGGAAACAGAGCAAUAGUCAAAAAGCUGGUGGGUGCACAUCUGGUUAGUCCAGAGUGUCCUUUAUUUUCCUGGAAGAAUUAAAGCAGAAGCGACCUCUGCACUAUGCAGACUGGGUUCUCCUGUUUUUGAGAAACUGGUCUGUUUGAGGCAUGUACCUGCUUCCUUAGCAUUUGCAGCUGCAUUUCAGUGUGGCCUGAUCUGCAAGAGGCUAGGACAGAUCGGUGGCCUCCUAUAAGUAACUCGCUCAGCAUCACUCAGUGCAGGAGCUGGGUUUUAAAUCGUGGUGUGGCUGACUCCAGAGUGCAUCUCUGGAUUGCAUAGCACGUUCGUGUGUUAAAGCAGAGCUGAUAGCAGUUCUUAACACUCACCCCUCCAGUGGUUUCCUGGUGCAGACUGGCUGGCCCUGCCACAUGGGGAGCUUGUUAACCAUGCAAGGAGUGGAGAAAUAUACAAAAGGCUGACUGUUAACUCCUCAUCACACAUCUUCUCUGUCGAGUAGCAUUGUUCAGGAUCGUGGAGGAAAUGGUGGUGUUGCCAUUGCAUGCUUCUGCUGCUUCAGCGGGGAGUAUAAGUUGGUGGGGUGGGAGCCAAGACAAAGCAUCUGGUUAUGUUAAAGAGAAAGUGUUCUGAGCCGGCGCCACGUCUCACUAGGCUAAUCCUCCACCUAGCGGCGCCGGCACACCGGGUUCUAGUCCCGGUCGGGGCGCCGGAUUCUGUCCCGGUUGCCCCUCUUCCAGGCCAGCUCUCUGCUGUGGCCAGGGAGUGCAGUGGAGGAUGGCCCAAGUGCUUGGGCCCUGCACCCCAUGGGAGACCAGGAGAAGCACCUGGCUCCUGCCAUUGGAUCAGCGCGGUGCGCCGGCCGCAGGCGCUGGCCUCGGCGGCCAUUGGAGGGUGAACCAACAGCAAAGGAAGACCUUUCUCUCUGUCUCUCUCUCUCUUACUGUCCACUCUGCCUGUCGAAAAAAAAAAAAAAGAGAGAGAGAGAAAGUGUUCUGCAACAGUGCUCUGUCAUUGCUUUGUGUUCCUUGUUUGAUGUAUUCCUUGAUGCAUUUUGAGAUUUGCAAAGCUCAGCCUAAUUGUUAAGUAGUUGGUGUAUGGUGUGGGGAAAUACACUGCUUUACUGGAGAAACCAAGAGAACUUUGAAAGAAUGAGGUAUAGAUCAGUCAGACACAGAGUAAAGAGGUGGCAGAGAUUUGGACCGUUAGGAGGAGAGUUGCUAGUGGGUGCAGUGGUCAGGGUGACUUUGAGUAGGAAGGUGUCGAAUUGCUGGGCUAUUAUGGAAUGUUUCUCACUGCCACCUUUAAAAAGCAUCAUGUUGAUUCCAGUUUUGGCUAGGAUGGAGAGGAGCGCAGAGAACAGAAUAAGGUAGAGAAUGCAGUAAGAAUUGAGACUGGAGCCCAGAAGUAAUGGCCAGGUGGCAGUGUUGGCUGUGCAGAGGGGCUGCCAUGUUGCCCAGGCUUAUUUACCUUUCUAAGCCCAGGACCAGCUUACAGGGAGGAGACCUUGGGGAAGUGCAGGUAGCAGAUGCCUUCACAGAUUCACAGAUUCUGGGGUUCCAUUUCCCAGAUACCUGGGAUCAGUUGGUUUGAUUUGGAACUUUGCCCUCAAUCGGUAUUAUAUAGCUUUUCACAUGAGUCUGAUGUGCUACCAGGUCUGAUCUGAGGCAGCUGAGACCUGGGGAGUUUCCUGGCUUUUCUGAAGCCUCACCAAUCUUUUGUGUAGCAGAGAUGAGGUCAGGAGCCAAUUGCCUUGACCUGCUAGCAGGGGUGGAAAUGUCCAGCCUGUGGGCUGGGUAAGGCCUGCAGAACCAUUUGGUCUGGUCUUGCCAAGGCAAUUGCAAGUUGCACUUGAAAUCCAGUAACUCUGUAGCAGGCUAACUUUUAAGUUGAUAAUUCUGCAUUGCCCACGAGUGAUGUUGUAAAUAUUGACAUGGCCCUUAGCAGGAAAAACUGUUCCCCAAAACCCUGCAGGGUGCACUUCCUACACAAGCUUUCUAUAAAAACACUCUUGGUGCAGUGCACUUCAGGGAACAAGUGAGUCUCAGAGCAUCCCCCUCAGGCCUGAGAGUGAGUGCACAGGGGAGCGGGUAUGCAUCUGGGGCCUGAACCCCUGCAUCCCUUGGGUCUCCCUUGGCCUCCAAAGCCUGGGCAGCCACACAGAUCAUUUUAUUGGAACUGCUGAUGGGGAACAUUUUCUGGAAAGCACAGCACUUUUCUAGAAGAAAAGCUUUUCUGGAUCCACAUGACCUUUGGGAUCCAAUAGCCCCUUUUGUUUCCGGACAAAGAAAAUUCACAGGAGAUAAGCACUUUUGACAUUAAAAUUUACAUGGUCUCAGCAGUUGGCUACAGGGGUCCAUUCAUCCCAGGCUGUCUUUCUGUCUAUUGUCUCUGCUUCACAGGCAAUGUGGUCUCUCAGCAUUUCCAGUCGCAGGCCCAGGUUGCCACUGUCUCUGUGUGCACUGGCCUGGCAAAGCUACCAGAUGCCAGAACAAGUUUUCUGCUUGGUCACAAGUAACCUGUUCCUUCCAGUCCCCCAUGUCUGCUGCCACAGUAUCUUCUUGGACAGCCCAUCAGGCCAUUCCUCUUAAAAACAAAACAAAACAAAACAAAACA